AUGGCUGCUGCGGGCGCCGCCGCCGGGGCGCAACUGGAAGGAGUAAACCAGGUGGCCUACAUCCUGUAUGCGGUGCCUGGUCCGGCCCUGUGGCACCGGCGCUGGCUGAUGGGGAGGGUGGUGUUGUGUCCGAGUGGCGCCGUCCUCGUGUCGCCCGACCGCCUCGAGCAGUGGGAGGUGGUCGAUGGCUCGUCGGCGGACGUCAGCGCUGUCAGGUGGGCCGCUGGCAUGGGGCCUCGCCCGCCGGGUGUGACCAGGACCUGCCGGUUCGGAGUGCCAGUGCCAGCGCCCGUGUUCGAGCCGUUCCCCUGGGCGGCGCCCGCGGCCUUGGCCGCCCCCCUGCCCGCGGCGGGCGGGCCUGCGCUCGCGGAGGCUGCUGGCGCUGCGGCUGCGGCGGGCGCGGCAGCCCUGGGCGGCGCAGGCGGCGGCCUUCUUGCAGGGGCCGCAUUGGCAGCGGCCGUUGGCGGCCCUCCCCGGCCCCUCCUGCUCGCUGGGGGCGCGGGCGGCGCGCCCGCGGGGCCUGCGGGCAAUUGGAGAGCGGCCCAUGAAUGGCGGGGCUACCACUACGGCGACGCGGGACAGGGCCGCCCCACUCGCGGGGCGGCCCUCCUCGCCGGCGGGUCGUCGCCCUUCAUCGAUUGGGUGGCCGAGGCCGAGGAGGGCGACUUCAGCGACAGGGCGGUGGCGCCCGACUGUCGCCUGCUGCCGAUGCGCCUCGACCGCGCAGGGGAGCCGUUCCGCGCGCUGGCCGACGUCGUCGAGAGCUGCCGCGAGGAGUCCCUGCCAGAGUUCAUCGGGCCCAGGACGACCACGUGGCCCCUCGGGCACCUCGCGAACGAGGGUCGGUCUCUGGAGGGCCACUUCGAGCACUUCAAGAAGCUCUGCGACCGACAGGACACGCAGUGGGGCAUGGAAGAGUACGCCAGCGUGAUCAGCCACCUGAAGGCCUUGCUCCGGCACGUCCAGGUGGACGCCGCCAACGUCCUGUCUGUCGAGCUGAUGUUCAGGCGGCUGCAGACCAUCGAGUACUGCGACAGCGACAAGCUCCGCGAGCGCUCCGCCGGCGCGGCGGGCGGCCGCCUUGCGGCCGACGAGCAGGCGGCCUUCGGGGCGACCGCCUGGGCCGAGACCAGGCUCAUGGUGUCGCCGCAGCUCCUGGAGAGCGCGAAGCAGGAGCUGGAGCGGGAUGCCGCGCUCGCUAAGAGGCUGCUAAAGGCCCGCGAGGCCCGCGAGGCUCCGGGCAAGAAGAAGCAGGGGCUCAUGAUCGACUGCCCCCCCCUGGCGCCCCUCAGGCCUGGAGGGGGGGAUCCAUAUGUGAAUGGGGAUGCUCGGCGGCGCGCAGCCGCGCCGCCGGGGAAUUUUGACAGGAGCGCUGUCGGCAGAGGGCCGGCCGUCGACGGCGCCGCCGCCUCGACGUUCUUCGGUGCGUGGAGGAGGCGAGGGCCCUUCUGGGCCUCUGUGCGCAGGGAGCUGGACGUCUGGGACAUGAUCUCGCCGUUGGUCUGGGUCAACACUUCCGCCGCCACCUGCCCGGGCCUGUUCGUGGACGAAAGGGGCCCCGACAAGCAGAUCCUGCUCCUCGAUUCCCCCUGGAAGGUCUGCGGGAGGGUGAAAUGGAAGCGGCCCUUCGCGGCCAUGCCCGUCCUCGAGGCCGAAGCCCUCCUUUGCGGCGUUCGGCAUCAGUUGCGUUCCGUCGUUAUUGUGAUAGGUGGCUCCAUAAAGGCUUCUCUGGCGGCUACGAAGCGGCGCUCGUCGGCUGAUGGCGUGCUCACCGUGGCCGGGCGUCUUGGGGCCCUGAUGCUGGCGACGGGCAGCCUCCUGCGCGCCCGGUGGAUCGCAUCGGGGCUGAAGCCGGCCGACGGGCCGUCGCGGGGCCGCGGCUCCCCCGGCGACCCCUUGGCCGGCCUCCGCCGCGAGCUCGCGGACGCCGCAGCCGAGGGCAGGGAUGCUGGCGCUCGGCAGGUCCGACAGGAUGCUUCGCGGGGUCGCGAGUCGGCCCCCGCGUCGGUCCUGCUGCGCCCCUUCAAGAUGCGCACCCCGUCGAAGAACCAGGUGUUCGACCAGGCCAUCGUGCUCGACCUCGCCUGGCAGGAGGCGCUCGCGGAGGCCCUGGUGCAGCUCGGCCUGGAGCGGGGCGACCUCUCCCUGCUCGACCUCUCGCCCAGCGCCCUGCGGCAGGCCCUCGACGAGGCGGCGGCGGCGCGGCGGCUGGGGCCCCUCGGGCCGCUCGACGCCCGCCGCUCCCGGCACGCGGGCGCGAGCGUCGACUUCGCGACCGGGGCGCGGCGACGGGGGGGGAUCCAGCGUCGCGGGCGGUGGCGGUCGUCGCGGAGCCUCCGGCGCUACGAGCACGGCGGGCGCCUGACCGAGCUCUCGCGCAGGAAGGCGCUUGCCCUCGCUGGGCCGUUGAGGGCGCCAACGGUGGCCGUGUUCCUCGAGCUCUUCGCAGGUUCGGGGCGCCUGGCGGAGGCCGCGGCCCAGCGAGGCGUGCCCGCGCUCCGAUGGGACAUCCUCGACGGCCCUUCCUGCGACCUGCGGGGCCCGAAGAACGUUUGCCUCGUCCGAGGCUGGAUUCGCGCGGGCCUGGUCUGCGGGCUGCGCGCGGGGUUUCCCUGCGAGACCUUCUCCCGGGCGCGGGAUCAGCCCAAUGGUCCGCCGCGCCUCCGCUCCAAUGAGCACCUCUGGGGCCUGCCAGGCCUGCCGGCGGAUGGGGGCCCAGAAGGUGAAGUGGGGCAACAGGUUCGCGAGGCUCACUAUCUCGCUGUGCGGGAUUUGCUGCCAGUGCUUGGCGCCCUGUGCUUGGUGCCCUGGUCCAUCGAGAACCCCGCGCUCAUCUGCGCCUGGCUGCUACCGCCCAUGCUGAACCUGCUGGGGCGGCGGCAAGUCACGUCGCAGGUGUUCGAGUACUGCCGCUUCGGGGCCCCGCGGAGGAAAAGCACCCGGAUCGUCGCCUACCUAAUCGACUUGACGCCCCUUGCCGCGUGCAGAUGCACGGGCCACGUCUUCGUCGUGACCGGGUGCGAGCGCGAUCAAGCAUUCUCAGCCCAUUACUCUGUUCCGGCAACGAGGAUGGCCGAGUCGGACAGCGACGAGAGCGUCGUCUCGCCGAUGUCCCUCGUCGAGAGAGUCGACGAGGCCGAGCGCGUCCUGAUCUGCGUGCAGUCCGAGGCGCCCGCGCACUGCACCUACCUCGAGGUGAGCUCCCACGUGCACGAGCGUGGGGCGGAGGCGCAGGCCUGGGCGCAGACGCUGCACGGCGCGCCCCGUGCCGAGGCGCUCGAGGCUCGCGAGGUCUCCGGCCAGGGAGAGGCGAGAGGCGUCUGCUGCAGCGACGGCGAGCCCCCACCGGAGAUGGCUCGACAAGCGUAUCGGCGAGAGAAGGUUUUGGAUUUGAACAGAGACAGCACUGGGGAGCAGCCCAAGACGCAGUAUAAUUUCGUUGCUCCUGGCCAGGACCCGUGGCAGCAUGGCCGCGACCCCUGGGCGCAGGCCGCGGCGGGAGGCUCCGAUUCUCAGGCGAGGGCCGCCGCUGGCGCCGCGGGCGCCGGCGCCGCCGCCGAGAGCCCAGAGGGCUCGCCGCAGAGAGGUGCGCUGCCCGGGCGGCGGAGCUACGCGGCCCGGCUGCGGGUGGACCCGGAGCACGGCGCGGGCAUCGAGGUGAGCUUCCUGCCCGGCGUGGGGUACCUCCUGGAGUCCGUGGCCGAGGUCCCGGGCCAGCCGGAGCUCUGCGCCGGGCACGUGAUCGUGGGCCUGUCUGUCGACGACGCGCAAGACGUUGUGUCUCUCGCUCUGCUGGACGAGGACGAGGCCGACGAGGCGCUGGCCGCGCACCUCGUGGACGGGGUAGAGCUGCACGUGGCGGCGGCCGCGGGCGGCCAGGGCCCCGCGGCCGACGAGUGGGCGCAGGCGGCCCCAGGCCCGCCAGAGGAGGUCCUGCCUGGCAGCUGGGGCCCGGCCGUGGACGAGUGGGCGGAGGAGCUGCCGGCCGCGGCGGCGGCGGAGGAGGAAGUGCGCGAGGUCGAGCUGCCGCCAGCCUCGAGCACGGCCGAGGAGCAGGAGCACGCGUCGGAGGCGUCGGGUCAGGCUGAGGAGACCGACGAGACGGUGGCCCCUUUCUUCUCCGGCUCCGCGUCGUCGAGCCGCGCCUCGCCGCCCUCUGGCGCGGCUGCCGGGGGUGACGCCAUGGGCCCUGGCGGCAGUGGCGCAGGGUGCCUGGCAGGUGCAGGCCCCGAGGCCCUGGAGGGCAUGCCGAUGCCAGCGUUCAUGCUCGCCGCCUUGCCCGCGGCUGGUGGAGCCGGAGCAGUCGGUGCCUCGCUGCGCAGCCUGGGCGCUCCUCCGCCAGGCGCGGCGAUCACGUCCUGCGGGGUUCCGUCCUCGGCGGCCUCCAGCUCCGCAGCAUGCGCGAAGUCCGCGCCCGACCCGGCAGAGGCGCCACCCUCGGGCGCAGCGAUCGGCGAGGCGACGCUCCAGUGCAAGGUGAGGGGCCUCUGGGAGUGGCUGUGCGAGAUGAGGCUGCAGGAGUACCACGGCAGUGCGGUCAGCUGGUGCGUGGAGAUGGGGGCCGCGUCGCUGGAUGAGGUGGCGGAGAACAUCGAGGACCUUGCAGAGGCCAUCUCGCUGAGGCCCAUCGAGCGCCAGCGCGUCCAGAAGUGGGCCGCGCACCUGCUGCGGCAGCCGCCGGCCCUGCCCGCUGGCGCCGCCGCCGGGGGCCGCCACUGGCAGCCCGACGGGGCCCCGGCCAGCCCGCAGCCGCCAGCACCGGCCUGGGCCCCGGCCGCCGCGGUGUCCUCUGAGGCCGUCCAGCAGCCCCUGCCCGGCGCCGCGGCGCCAGCGGGGCGCCCGACCGCGCCUGCCGCCCCAGUGCACUACGCUGCGCGCACCGUGCGCCUGGCGAUGGACUCGAGGGGCAACACGGGGCUGGACCUGAGCUGGGACGAGGAGUGGGGCAUCCUGGUGCGCCGCGUGGACCCGCUGCCCGGGCAGCUGGGCCUCGCGGCCGGGGACUACAUCGUCGCCAUCGACGGCUGCCCGCUGCGGCACCGCUCCCACGCGGACUGCGACGCCCUGUUCAAGGAGCGCCUGAGAGACGGCGUCGCCCUCAGCAUCGCGACGCCCGAGCACGCCGCCGCAGCGGUGGGCGCGCCGAUCCCGCCGCGGGGGCAGUACCAGCCCGCGCAGGCCGCCGGGCGUGGGCGGGACGUGCCGCCGCGGUCGCCGUGGCAGCUGGCUCGGCCUGGCCAGGGCCGCCGGGGCGGCUACGACGCGAACCGCAUGUGGGCCCAGUUCCGCGGGCCGCGCUGGUGAGCGCUCUCGCGGCCCGUCCGUGCGGGUGCUUCCGCGUGGCGCUUCCGGGUCGCGAUGGCCACCUCCCCGCUCGUCUCCGUUCCCUCCCGCCUUGCGUGCCUCGCCUGCGUCGGGCGCCCCAGCUGGGGUCUGCCCGCCUCGACCCGGCCGCCCGACCGAGGGGGCCCGACGGAGCCCCUCUCGACUGCCCGACCCGAGGUCGACCCGUCCCGGCCCGGCCCGCCCGUUCGUCAGGGUCUUCCGCUUGGUCGCCCGUGCAGGUCCUCCCGCCCCCGCAGGGAGAAGACGUCUCCCCCCCCCAAACGGGGGCGCGCCGGGAGACGGAAACGGCGGGGUUCGAGGGCUCGGGGGGCACGCACGGCGGAGCGCCACGCGUACAGCCAGGAGCGACCGCUCUCAAAAGGAAGAUGGCGGUUGCUGACGCUACUCCGCUGAUGAUGCUGUCGCCCCA